AUGUUGGAGAAAAGAGACUCUGCCAUCGGCAGAGGUAACACAGACAAGGAUAUGGGCGUGGCGCCUGUGGCGGCGGCUGCGGAUGGGCCCGUGGAGGUAAGACAAAUUUCCAGCCCGCAGGACUCAGCCCUGAACUCUCCUCGAGAUGGGUUUGGAGACGAGGAUAAGGGGAAGAUACCAGAUGGAAAUGAGACGAGGUCGGCACCGUCGCCGUCGGAUUCAGAUUGGGAGUCGCAGAGGGGAGGCGAUGGGAAAGGACGGGAUGGGCUUUGGAAUUUGGUGGUGAGUGUGCUCACUUGGACGCCGAAGAAGCUUCGCUACGACCCGGAAAAGCCACCUCGGUUCUCACUGGCACAUAAUUUUCUCUAUGCGGUGGCCGCAACUUUUACUGUCGCCAACCUCUACUACAACCAACCUGUCUUGAAUAGGAUCGCAGAGACCUUUGACGUCAGUUUCGAGAGGGCGUCGUCGGUUGCGACGCUGAUGCAGGCCGGCUAUGCGGCGGGAUUGCUCUUCAUCUGCCCGCUGGGCGACAUGGUCCGGCGCCGGCCGUUUAUCCUCGCACUCAUCUGGGUCACAGCAAUGCUGUGGUUAGGUCUCUGCGUGACAAACUCCUUCGUCGCGUUUUCGGCGCUGUCGUUUCUUGUAGGUGCUGCUACCGUUACGCCGCAGCUCAUGCUCCCGCUUGUCGCCGACAUGGCCCCGGCCAACCGAAAAGCAAGCUCUCUCUCUAUUGUCACAUCAGGCUUGAUGCUCGGUAUGCUCAUCGCGCGUCUGCUCUCGGGUAUUGUUGCAAACUACACGUCAUGGCGGAACAUCUACUGGUUCGGCUUUGGGGCUCAAUACCUCCUCUUGAUCCUCCUCUACUUCUUCAUGCCCGAUUAUCCAUCGACAAACCCGGAUGGACUGAACUACUUCAAAGCGCUGUGGACGAUUGUCACCAUUUUCUUCAGCGAGCCGGUCCUUGUCCAUGCGUGCUUGAUCGGGUUCUGCAUCAGCUCCAUCUUUACGUCUUUCUGGACGACGCUGACGUUCCUGCUGGCGUCGCCGCCAUAUGAGUACCCAUCACUGACAAUCGGUCUCUUCUCGCUCAUCGGCAUCGCAGCUAUAUGCGGAGGACCAGUGUACGGGCGGUUCAUCAUGGAUCGAUACGUGCCGUUCCUGUCUUCCGUGCUAGGCCAGGUCGUCGUCCUCAUCGGGUGUGUUGUCGGUGCUUUCACAAGUACCUUCACCGUUGCGGGGCCGGUCAUCCAAGCGAUCUGCAUAGAUAUGGGUAUUCAGACGGCACAGACAGCGAACCGGACAGCCAUAUACGCCAUCAACGCCAAGGCGAGGAACAGGGUCAACACGGCGUACAUGGUAUCGGUCUUUUGUGGGCAGCUGACAGGCACGGCGGUCGGCAACAGGCUAUAUGCGCAAGGCGGGUGGAAAUACAGUGGCGGCGCGACCAUUGGGUUCAUUGGGCUCUCAUUGCUGGCAACCCUGUCCAAGGGUCCUCGCGAGAAAGGCUGGAUUGGCUGGAGUGGAGGAUGGAAGCUGCGCAAAGAUGAGACAUUGAAGCCAAUGCCGGUCUCGCCCGAAGGCGGACAAGGGGCGGAGGAAGCUAUUGAGGAUAAGGCUGCGGUACGGCGGUGA